GCGGCAGGAAGCAGACCAGAGCCUUGGUGGUUGCAACUCCAGCCAUGGUUUCUGUCUUGCUCUCCUUGAGUCUCUCCCGUCUGGGCCUGUGGGCUGCUGGAUUGAUCUUGAUCUUAGGCUUCCUCAAGCUCAUCCGUCUGCUGCUGAGGAGGCAGAUGCUGGCCAGGGCUAUGGACAGUUUCCCAGGGCCCCCCACCCACUGGCUCUUCGGGCAUGCCCAUGAGAUACAGCAGACGGGGAGCCUGGACAAGGUGGUAUCCUGGGCCCACCAGUUCCCUUACGCCCACCCACUCUGGCUUGGACAGUUCCUUGGCUUCCUGAACAUCUAUGAGCCCGACUAUGCCAAAGCUGUGUACAGCCGAGGGGAUCCUAAGGCUCCAGAUGUGUAUGACUUUUUCCUCCAGUGGAUUGGGAAAGGCCUACUGGUGCUCCAGGGACCCAAGUGGUAUCAGCACCGCAAGCUGCUCACACCUGGCUUCCACUAUGAUGUGCUGAAACCCUACGUGGCUGUGUUUGCCGACUCCACGCACACUAUGCUGGACAAGUGGGAGGAAAAGGCUCGUGAGGAUAAGAGCUUUGACAUCUUCUCUGAUGUGGGCCACAUGGCACUGAUCUCACUCAUGAAGUGCACCUUUGGCAAAGGAGACAGCGGUCUGGGCCACAGGGACAGUAGCUACUACUCGGCUGUCAGCGACCUCACUCUGCUGAUGCAGCAGCGCAUUGAGUCCUUCCAGUACCAUAACGACUUCAUCUACUGGCUCACCCCGCAUGGCCGCCGCUUCCUGCGGGCCUGCCAGACGGCCCACGACCACACAGACCAGGUCAUCAGGGAACGAAAGGCAGCCCUGAAGGAUGAGAAGGAGCAGAAGAAAAUCCAGAGCCGGAGACACCUGGACUUCCUGGACAUUCUUCUGGGGGCUCGGGAUGAAAAUGGGAUCAAGUUGUCAGACGCAGAUCUCCGGGCUGAGGUGGACACAUUCAUGUUUGAAGGCCAUGACACCACCACCAGUGGCAUCUCCUGGUUUCUCUACUGCAUGGCCCUGUACCCCGAGCACCAGCAUCGUUGUCGUGAGGAGGUCUGCGAGAUCCUUGGGAACCGGGACUCCUUGCAGUGGGAUGAUCUGGGGAAAAUGACCUACUUGACCAUGUGCAUCAAGGAAAGCUUCCGCCUCUACCCACCCGUGCCCCAGGUGUACCGCCAGCUCAGCAAGCCUGUCAACUUUGUGGAUGGCCGCUCCCUACCUGAAGGCAGCCUGAUCUCUCUGCACAUCUAUGCCCUCCAUAGGAACAGCGCUGUGUGGCCUGACCCUGAGGUCUUUGACCCACUGCGCUUUUCCCCUGAGAAUGUGGCCACACGCCACCCCUUCGCCUUCAUGCCCUUCUCUGCUGGGCCCAGGAACUGCAUUGGGCAGCAGUUUGCCAUGAAUGAGAUGAAGGUGGUCACGGCCCUCUGCUUGCUCCGCUUUGAGUUCGCCCUGGACCCCUUGCGGCCCCCCAUCAAGAUGCCCCAGCUGAUCCUGCGCUCCAAGAAUGGUAUCCACCUCCGACUGAAGUCGCUGCGCCCAGGCUCUGGGUAGUAGCUUUGCUGAGAAGAGGGUCCCAGACAGCCCAGACACUGCCCUCUCCAGGCUGGAUUGUAGAGUAGUUGCGGCUCCCUGUCUUUGAGAGGCUUGUAAUUUACAUGGGGAGAAGGCACCCACAUAAACAAUCACCUGGAGGGCAGUGCCAUGCAAACAUGUGUGUCUGGAAAUGCUUAGUAUGCAUGUACUCUAGAGCUCAACCAUUCAUUCAACAAACAUAUGGUGAGCACCUCUUUGCUGCUAGAAUCUUCCUUUAUCUCCCAUAAUUGGCAGUCUUUCUAGAAUGUAGCAGAAACUUACAGGCCAGCCGUGUAACACAAUGAACACAAUGGAAGCUGGGUCUCUUUGGCUUUAUGAUUAUGAUCAGGCCCUCAUUCACUCCACAUGAAAGAAGGAUGGCUUUGGGGGCUUGGCCCUUCAUUGAGAUGUAUUGCUCUUCUUAACUGUCUGUGCAUGUGUGUAAUAUAACAGACAUGUGGUAAAAUUGCAUAAACAAAAAA